GUGUUGCUUGAAGUUGGUGAUGGCUGACCAAGGUGGUAACAGUGUUGUGACGAGGGAAUACAGGAAAGGAAACUGGACUGUUAAUGAAACAUUGGUAUUGAUUGAGGCAAAGAAGAUGGAUGAUGAGAGAAGAAAGAAGAGAAGUGAAGGAAGGAGUAAACCAACAGAGCUGAGAUGGAAAUGGGUGGAAGAGUAUUGUUGGAGAAAAGGGUGUUUGAGGAGCCAAAACCAGUGCAACGACAAGUGGGAUAAUCUCAUGAGGGACUACAAGAAAGUGAGAGAGUACCAAAGGAGAAUAGCUGAUACAGGAGGAGAAGGGACUAACACUAGUGAAAGCACUUCUUAUUGGGAAAUGGAGAAGAAUGAAAGAAAAGGAAAUAAUUUGCCUAGCAAUGUGUUUCGCCUGAUAUAUGAGCGUCUGGAGGAGGUGGUGGAGAAGAAAGGAGAUCAAAGGGUGGUGGCUGCUGGCGGCUCAGGUUCCACUCUCAAUAUACCUUAUGUUAUGGACAGACGUAUUACCAGUGUGCAAACUUCAUUGCCUCCUCUAUUGCAACAUCAAAUUUCAGCUCCCAUUCCCACUGCAAUUCCAUUAAGUCUAUCAGCACCGCCUACAGCUGCUCCUGUGUCAUUAGUACAACCACCUCCCCUUUCACGUGCUCAGCCAUUUCCCAUAAUGUGUGAUAGCUCAGAUUCUGAUACAAGGGAGUAUUCAGAAACCCCAGCAAAGAGAAGGAAGAGAGGAGGUAAUGGUGAAGGCACCAGUGGGGGCACAACAAGUGCAAACAAGACAAAUGACGUCGCCACUGCAAUCACUAAAAGUGCUUCCAUUAUAGCAGAAGCCAUCCGAGCCAGUGAGGAGAGAGAGGAGAGAAGACAUAGAGAUCUCCUUAAUUUGCACGAGAGAAGACUAAAGAUGGAGGAAUCCAAGACUGAGAUCAACAAAAGAGGCCUUGAUGGCCUGGUCGAUGCCAUUAACAAGCUUGCUAAUUCCAUCCUUGCUUUAGCUUCCCAGGAUAAUCAGUCAGCUCCCAAGUGAGGUCAUAUUCAUUGUUGAUUAGAAAAAGAAAAAAACUGCCCAUUAAUCAC